UGAAGUCUACAAUUCACUACCUUCGAUUCUGCACGAUUAGUACAACUUGAAUGUAGAAAGAAAAAAUUAUCUUAAUUGAUAUCGUUAAUUCUUUCGACGAGAAUGUCGACAAUGUUCACAAAACAAGGACUCUCCGUAAUUAGGAUUGUUUCUAUUUUUCUCAUUUCUGUUGCACUUGUCCUUCAAGUUACUGCCGUUGCAGCUGACAAAUGGAGCGAAAUAGACUCGGACUACAGGGGUCUACCAAUCAAGGCGUACCAGAGCCUCUGGACAGAGCGUGUACUUCUGGAUAAACCUCAUGCUUAUCCUCGACCAAAAAACAUGGAGAACGAUUGGAAGAAGAAUCUGCAGAUCAUAGAGAUCGUUUGCAUAUUUGUUGGAAUCGUGCCUUUGUCUUUACUUCUGGUUGUUUCGUUCGUAACCAUAAUCACACGAAAGAUUGUCUUAGCAGCUGUCUUCCGAGCUCUAGCGAUCAUAAUGACGAUUAUUGCAAGCUUGUUAAUAGUAGUCGGGGCCUUACUUUAUAACUAUCAGAAAGUGAAAAUGUUUUCGUACAACGCCCGAAACCCGGCCAGUAGCUACCCCGUGUAUGACGAGAAGGUAUCCUAUGGGUUUCUCCUGUCCGUCAUCAGCGGGGUUCUCUUGUCCCUAGGAGCUGUGUUAGAGAUCAGUCAGCUGGUCAUCGCAGACGCCAGGAGGUCGGCCCUAUCGCAAGUGCAGCCGUCAGAUGAAAGCGCCAAAGAGAAAAGUGAUGAUAAAUGUUAAUGUUGUAAAAUUAUUGACUGUGCGAUACAGUUUCCUCACAGAUUCCUACAUUUAUACUCAGUCUGAUAUUCAGUAAUAGACUGUCUUUUUGUAUUAAAACACAGUCAAACAAAAUUAUCAGAUUCUGGGUUUUUCUUUAUUCUUUAAUUUUAGGGAAACUUAUGAGUUCAAAUUUCUGUUAAAUUGUCAAGUGAUUCAAGCUCUUUUAGGACCUUAAUCGAUGGAUUUUAAAGAUAUCUAUAAACAAGCACAUGAGAAUUUCUAGCCUUAUCUACGAGCAGUUUACCAUCAUUGAUUUGUAACGCUACAUGGCAGUAUUUUAUAAAGUACCUAUAUCCAAAAGUCAAUAGGCUUGGACCCACGGGAAAUUAAUCGCCGCAUGAAAGCUUUGUCGGUGUCAUUACAAUUUAAUACAUAUAUCAAACAUCAUGUUGGUCACCGCCUUAUCUAUGUGGUCUCUGCUGGGAAUGUCCGAUAUCCAACAAAAUUCAAUUCGGGUCGAUUUAAACAAUUUGAAGAUAGAUCAUUUGUAUCCUCUCUGUCGCUAAAACAAAUUUGUAUUCUUGUUGUCAAUAAAGCAAACGGGAGUGUGUCAUUAUUCUUAUCGCACAAGUUUUUGUCAAAUUCGCCGCAUUUUCAAUGAUAUACUUUUGUUUUAUUUUUUU